CUCCGAUUUCAUGUAAGUUCUGCUGCCUCCUCUCUGAUCGUUUAACAGUUUAUGGAUGGGAGUGCUGAGACAAGCCCUGAACAUCUCCAAAUUCACAUCGAGCUUAGUUCAAACUGCAUUUUGCAGGAGGUUUGGUUCUUCACAGCACAAAAUGGCAACCAGACACACAAAUGCUAAAAGAAUCGAGGGAUUGGACAAAAAUGUGUGGGUGGCCUUUUCUUCAGUGGCAGCAGAUCCCUCCAUCGUGAACCUGGGGCAGGGACUCCCAGACCUGCCCCCUCCUCCCUAUGUCAAAGAGGCUCUGGCCAAAGCAUCAAGUGUGGACCGACUCAACCAGUACACCAGAGGAUUUGGCCAUCCCGCUCUGGUGAAGGCUUUGUCUCAGGUGUACGGGAAAGUCUAUGGGAGAGCUAUAGACCCUUUCAAAGACAUCCUGGUCACUGUGGGGGGUUACGGCUCCUUGUUCUGUGCGAUACAGGGUCUGGUGGAGGAGGGAGAUGAGGUCAUUAUAAUCGAGCCUUUCUUUGACUGCUAUGAGCCUAUGAUCCGGAUGGCAGGAGCUAAACCUGUCCUGAUACCACUACGUCUUAAACCUGGAAAGAAGAGCAUCACUAGUGCUGACUGGUAUCUUGACCCAGAGGAGCUUUCUAGUAAAUUUACCUCAAAGACAAAGGCCAUUAUAAUAAACACACCCAACAAUCCUAUUGGGAAGGUGUUCACCAGAGAGGAGCUGCAGAUGAUCGCAGACCUCUGUAUCAAACAUGACACGCUGUGCUUCAGUGAUGAGGUUUACGAGUGGCUCAUCUACAAAGGACACCAGCACAUCAAGAUCGCCACGUUACCCGGAAUGUGGGAAAGAACCAUUACGGUUGGGAGUGCUGGGAAAACGUAUAGCGUCACAGGAUGGAAGCUUGGCUGGUCCAUUGGCCCGGAGCACCUGGUCAAGCACCUGCAGACUGUGAUGCAGAACUCACUGUACACCUGCCCCACUCCUCUACAGGAGGCUGUAGCCCAGGGUCUGCUGCGCGACUGUGCUCUGAUGGGGCAGCCUGACUGUUACUUCAGCUCUCUGGCAGAGGAGCUCCAGGACAAGAGGGACCGCAUGGCCUCCAUCGUGCAGGCUGCGGGGAUGACACCCGUCCUGCCAGAGGGGGGGUACUUCAUGCUCGUGGAUGUCUCUCCUCUCAACCUGGACCUAUCACAUAUGGAGGAUGAAGCUUAUGAUUACAAAUUUGUGAAAUGGCUGAUGAAAGAAAAGAAACUGGCGUCAAUACCAGUAACAGCAUUUGUGGGGAAUGAAUCGAAGAAAGAUUUCGAGAAGUACAUUCGUUUUUGCUUUAUUAAGCAAGACAGCACUAUUGAUGCUGCAGAAGUCAUUCUCAAAAACUGCAGCAAAGCACACUCCUGAAGACAAACUCCUCUAAACUUGACAAAAAAGAUGAAGACUACUGUAAAAUGUGUACUGUGUAACUUUUUGGUUGUUGUUGGGGGUCUGUCACCUUCUUGUUUCUAUGGAUAUGUCUUUGCUCUGCUUACAGUGUUCCACAAUAUGACAUUAAACAGCUAUACCUUACAUUUAUUCAGUUACAGGUGCUCAAAAAUACCUAAAAAAAAAAAAAAAAGGCUUUCUGACUGUGAGCGGGGUUGCCUUUCCAUAGAUUUAACAAGAUACACUAACAUUUUUUGUGAACUGCUAUUGCUUUUAUUCCGAAUAUCAUGGAGGUGGAGAGAUUUGGUAAUGAUUAGGGAUGCACCUUUCCAAUAUCGGUAUCAGAUAUCGAAGCCAAUACUUGCUGGAUCGGAUAUCGGUUUUCAAAAAUCAGUGCGUCCAAAUAUUCUGGUUCCACAUUUAUUUAAUGUUGAUUUUUAAAAAUCAGUUUUAAUCUUGUUUCUUCAUCACAAACACAACACACAUUUUGACCAAUUUUGGUCUUGUUUCAAUUUUUUUCUGAAAAUAAAAAAAAAAUAAAAAUCAGUCUUUGCGCUGGCAUCUGUUGAUAUUACUUAAAGAAUAUCGAAAUUGGUAUUGGAACUGCAUCUCUUGUCAUAAUGACUCACAGACUGGAACUCAUUAAAACUCCUCAUACCCACAGUUUUGUUUGUUUUGAAAAAAGUAAUAUAUUUACUAAUAUGAGUUGAGAUUUUUUUCAAAGCAGUUGACCAUU